AUGACUUUAGAGCUAUCCUUGAUGAACCCUGAUGACCUAAUCAUAAUAGGUGGUGACUUAAAUGCACAUGUGGAAAAAACAAGAGAUAGCUACAAAAGGCAUCAUGGUGGUUUUGGAUAUGAAGAAAGAAAUGAUGAAGGAGAGCAUAUAUUGAAAUUUGCUCAAGCCUUCGACCUUGCUUUAACCAGCACCUACUAUAGGAAAAAAGACAGUCAUUUAAUAACAUAUAGUGGUACAAGGAAAAGACAGAUAGAUUACAUGCUAAUCUCUCGUAGAAGAUUAAAAGUUGUAAUAGACUGCAAGAUCAUCCCAGGAGAAGAAAUAGCCGCGCAACACAAGCUACUAGUCAUGGAUUUACACAUCACAAGUAAAUCCACUCAAAACAAGAUAAAACUGGAACCAUGCAUCAAAUGGGAUAAAUAA